AUGGACGAUAUCAAAGAAUGGAAUGAUUUCCAUCUUAAUAAUAAAAAUAAACCUCGUGUCAAUGUCAAAGCACUUAGACAAGCAUUAACUCAUGCGAGUCUUCCAAAUUCUACAACACCUUGUUAUCAACGUCUCAAAUUCCUAGGUGAUGCAGUAUUGGAUUUUAUGACGGUAAAAUAUCUAUUUGAGAAAUAUCCUGAUGGAGCACCAGGAUUGUUAACCGAUCUAAAAGACGCGUCUGUGAACAAUCAGGUUCUUGGUGCAAUUUGUGAACGAAUAAAUCUUCAUAAGCAUAUAAUUCAUUUUUCUAAUAAAUUAAUGGGAGGAAUAACGGAAUUUGUCAAAACUGUGGAUGAAAUGAGAGAAAGAAAUGAGGCAGUUGGUAAAUAUUGGAGUGAUUUAGAUGGUUCUAAAGUGAUGAGUGAUGUUGUAGAGAGUAUGAUAGGAGCCAUUUUCGUUGACUCAGAAUUUGAUCGUGACUCACUAGAGAAAGUGUUUGAUAAAUGGAUUAAACCUAUUUUAACUGAACAUGUCACACCAGAAACUUUAAAGGUUCAUCCGGUGAAGUUGUUAAUCGAAUAUAUGCAGAAAGGUAGAUGUUCUAUGAUAUUAUUAAGAAAUCAUACAUCGGAAGAAACGGAUAUUCAGCGAUGUACUAUAUUCAUUCAUGAUUUACCAGUCGCACACGCAAGCUCAAGUAAUAUUAGAUCAGCAAGAAAGUUGGCGGUUCAGAUAGUCCUGGAUAAAAUUGAAGUUGAUCCUAAAUAUCUUGAAAAAAUU